UUCCCCAGGAAGCAAGAUCCAGGAGCAGCUGCUCUCCCUGGGGCUCCACUUCCCAGGCUGGGAGCUCCAGCAUGGACCCCACCACUUCCCCUCUGCUGUCCACCACUGAGGAGCCCAGUUCUGAAAACAGCAGUUUCUUCUAUGACUAUGAGUACUACCUGGACGACCUGGCCUUCAUGCUCUGCAGGAAAGAUGAGGUGCUGUCCUUUGGCAAAGUCUUCCUGCCUAUCUUCUACAGCUUGAUCUUCGUGCUGGGCCUGAGCGGGAACCUCCUUCUUCUCCUAGUUUUGCUCCGGUGCGUGCCUCGCAGGCAGAUGACCGAGGUCUAUCUGCUGAACCUGGCCAUCUCCAACCUUCUGUUCGUGGUGACACUGCCAUUCUGGGGCAUCUCCAGCGCCUGGCAUUGGGUCUUUGGGAAUUUUCUGUGUAAGGCUGUGAGCACCCUGUAUACCAUUAACUUCUACAGUGGCAUCUUCUUCAUUAGCUGCAUGAGUCUGGACAAGUACCUGGAGAUAGUUCAUGCUCAGCCCUACCACAAGCUGAGGACCCGGGCCAAGAGCCUGCUCCUUGCUGCAGCGGUGUGGGCAGUGGCCAUGAUGGUCUCCAUCCCGGAUGUGGUCUUUGUGCGCAUACAUGAACACCCUGUGGGUGUAUGGAACUGCUAUGCAGAUUUUGGGGACCAUGGAUCCUUCUGGAAGCUCUUCCUCCGCUUGCAACAGAACCUCUUGGGGUUUCUCCUUCCACUCCUUGCCAUGGUUUUCUUCUACUCCCGCAUUGGCUGUGUGCUGGUCAGGCUGAGGCCCCCUGGGGAGGGGAAGGCUCUAAAAAUAGCCGUGGCACUGGUGGUGGCCUUCUUUGUGUUCUGGUUCCCAUACAACCUCACCUUGCUUUUGCACUUAUUGCUGGAUCUGCAAGUCUUUGGGGAUUGCAAGGUCAGCCAGCACCUGGACUAUGCGAUGCAGGUGACCGAGAGCAUCGCCUUCCUGCACUGCUGCUUCACCCCAGUCCUCUAUGCCUUCUCUAGUCGCCGCUUCCGCCAGUACCUCAAAACCUUCCUGGCCACUGUGCUCAGACGGCCCCAGACCCCUUGCCCGACCCAGGCUUCACUGUCCAGCUGUUUGGAGAUGAGCAACAUCACUGCUCAAGAAGAAAUGACAAGCAUGAAUGACUUCGGGGAGAAGCAGGCAGAGGGCUCCCUUCACAGAGGAGAUGUGGAGAAAAAUGGAGCCAGCAUGGCAGUCUGUUGAUGGCAGUCUGUUGAGAACCCUCUCAUAAGGGUUCUGUGAUGAGGGGGCUAAAUGCAGUUCUCAGUUCUUGACACCAGCAGCACUCACUCACUCCUGCCUCAUUCUUUCCCCUUUGAGUUGCUCCCAGGAUCUCACAUGCUCUUGCUGGACCUCUGCCAUCGUUUCCCAGCUCAUUUCUAUGCUUCCUACCCUGCAGUCUGCACUGGGCACAUUACGUGGAUACAGUGAUCCAGAUGCACUCAGCCAUCACUUCUGGGUCCCUCACCAAAGUUAGAGAGCUGCUGUCUAUUUCAUUGCUCCUCCCCUCAUAGGUUAUCUGGGAAAAUAUGAUUUCCAGCUCAUCAUUGCUGCCUCUGUCGUAGCUCCGGGAUAGGGGAGGGGAUUAGAUGUGUGUAGGACAUUGAGAGGGACUAGUGGGUCAGGGAAAUAGACGUAGGUGGGGGAUUAGAUGUGGCAGCCUGGGAACUACUCGGGAAAGGAUGUUAGCCAAAGAGGGGGGAUUCAAGCAAACCAUGUUCUGGGCUGUUUGGGAGCCUUCCAGGAUCCAGAUCCUGUAUAAUACAAUCCCAAAUCUUGGUCUAAUUUUGAAUCUGGAGUUAUUGUGAGUCUAAUCCCAUGGCCAUUUGCACCUUCCCUUACCAUCUUCCACUCCCCUAUUAUUCCCUGGGUUCCAGUGCCUUAGACUCUCUCUGCAUACUUCCACCCACCUCCCAGUUUUGUGUUGGCAGCUUCCUGGCGGGCACCCUUUUAUUUUUUUAGACACCCACUUACCUUUGUCUUGUGAAGGAGCCCCACUUGCUCUGGGUAACCAUUCAUAGGUCAUGUUGCCCCCUGCUUUGGGUGGAGCAGGGCACUUGGGUCAUUUCUGGACUGUGUUUCUGGACAGUCCAGAGGACAGCACUGUAUUUCAGCAUGAACACAUGCCCCAGGCUGAGCGGGAGUCUGCUUGAACGAAGGCAUGAAACCAAAGCUAAGAGACUAUGAGGCCUGAGCUGUUCCUUCGAUAGCCUGAACUUCACAUGUUGCCGUCAUGGCCCAGCGAAUGAGUCAGGUCUGGGCACCGGGUUAGAUUCCAGGAUCUAGGAAGAACAAAGCUCCUUCCAAUCCUGAACUUGAACUACACAAUUUAAUAAAAUCCUUUCCUCUGUGAA